AUGAGCAUGCCACAACAGCUCCCUCCUCCCGGCGUCGCUGCCACUAACUGCUUCCCUGCUGGUUCCGUCCCCAACCAGCAAUACUACUCUCACAUGCCGGGGGAUGAUUACGGGGAGAUACCUCCAACAUGGCCAACAACUCCCUCCGUCCCCGUUCCCUCCGCGCCUACCAAGAGGAAGAGGCAGUCAGGGGAGGAAGACGAGGUACCCAAGGUACCAAAGAAGAGGGGCAGACCUCCCAAGGCUAAGCCCGUGGUGGAGGUUCAGGUACCAAAGAAGAGGGGAAGACCUCCCAAGGCUAGACCUGUGGUCGUACUCCAGGUACCAACCCCUGACACCACCACCACCACCACCACCACCACCAACUCCUCAUCAGAGGAAAACUUCGCGUUCGAAGCCGCCCCGUUUGCCGGCUUCAACGAGUACACCAUCGACCAACGCGUCGAGGCAGGAAUCCCCUGCCGCCUACAAGAGCGUGGGCAAGACAGCGCCGAAGCUGUAGAAACCGUUGACAACCUCCCGGCCUUCUCUUUCCCCGCGUAUUCAGCGGCUGAGAGUAUAUGGGAGGACGCCCCGAUGGUCCAAGAACCUUGGAUCAGGGAUGUGGCGCCCGCUGAGAACCUCCCGGCCUUCUUUUCCUCGGCGUAUCCAGCGGUUGACAGUAUGUGGGCGGACCCCCCGCUACCGCAAGAACCUGAGAUCGUGGAGCAGAAUUCCGCUGGGGAAAUCAUGGAUGCCAUGUCCGCUGCAGCUGCGGCGGAUGAUGGGGCUGCGAAUGCGGCAAUAGAUGACUUCGUGUGCGACUGGAACGGGAAUAAUCCGGAGGAUAUGAUAUUUUGA